AUGGUUGUUUACACGUCGAAGCUGCGAUCGCUCGCCAUUCCCAAAGCGCAAGUCCGCAACGCUCGCAAGCUUGGCAAAACUUCGGCGGUAUCCGCGAAGUUGGCCCCAGCCGAAGGCACGUUCCAAUUUGACGGGAUUGAAAGUGCGAAGGCGAAGGUCGGUGCCGCUGUUUCCGCUGCGGCGGUCGCCACGAUUUCCUCUCCUCUGGCUGCUGAAGCCUCAGUGACUCCGUCGCUCAGGAACACGUUGCUCUCUGUCGUCGCCGGCGGUGUCGUGCUUGCCGCGAUUGCUGUGGCGGUCAUAGGUGUGUCUUCCUUCGAUAAAGUAUCGCGCAAGUGA